AUGGCAUUAAUUUUUCAAUUUGUUAAAGAUGGUAAUAGAGACGAAGUUAGCAGACUGUUAAAGGAUAAUCAUAAAGAUAUAUUAUUAAUUAAAGAUUCAAUGGAGCAAACACCAUUACAUGUAGCAUGUUUUGAAGGUUUUUUCGAUAUUGUAAAUCUUUUAAUAAAAAAAGGGGCAAAAUUAGAUGCAAAAGAUAAAAAUGGUUGGACACCAUUACAUUGCUCAGCAAGUGCUGGUCAUUUGAAAAUUUGUGAAGUAUUAAUUAUGAAAGAUGUAUCAUUAGCAACCAUUGAGGGAUCAGAUGGUACAACACCAUUCCAUUAUUUAGUUAGAAGAUGGGAUCCAAUAGUUUCACCAAAAAUAUUACCAAUAAUUGUUAAAGAUCAUCCAAAUUUAAUAAACGCAUUAGGACAUAAUUCAGAGACUCCACUUCAUCAUGCAUGUUUAAAGAAUUGCGAAGAAAGUAUUGCAUUCCUUUUAUCACAUGGUGCAGAUAUUAAUAAACGAUCAAAAUAUGGUGAAACAUGCCUUUCUUUUGCAAUCCGUGCCGGUUAUAAAGGCGUAAUCAAAUUAUUAUUAGAGCAUGGUUCAGAUGAAGAGUCCUAUAAAGCUGCACAUAGAAUAUCUUCAGAAUUGGGUAUGCACGAUAUUCAAAAUAUGGGGGAAGAGUCUCAACAAUCUUUAAAAAUUAGAUCCAACACAUCAAAACCAUACAGAAAAGGUUCUUUAAAUAAAUUUAGUGGUAAACUCAAGGGAUGGAAGAAAUGCUGGAUAAUUUUAAAUGGUCAAAGUAUUAAAGCUUAUCCCUCUGAAUUGGAAAUUGAAACAGUUUUAUACGAAAUCCAAUUAAAAGAUAUUGAUACAAUUACAGUUGAAGAACAACCAAAUAACCCAUUUGCUUUUAUAAUUUCAUCAAAAGAUAACAUGAAAACAACAUUUAGUGCAGAAGAUAGAAUCUCAAUGGCAAAAUGGAUUUUAGCUAUAGAUGGUUUGAAAUUAAGAUGUUUUAAUUCUUGUAUUAAUCAAUUUUUAAAGAAAGUAUUAUUACAUAAUGUAUAUAAAGAAAAUUAUAAAGGUGGAUUUAUUAAAUCUUCAUUUGACGAAGAAUGGAUGUAUAGUAGCGAUGGUAUUUUAGAAUGUUCCGAAGCGGCAUGGAAAAACAAUAGCAAUAAUAGUAAUGGUGCAAAUAAUAUGACAUAUUUAUGGGAUGGUCAACAAUUAUUACCACAAAAUGGGUCAAAUUCAUUUGGGUGGGGUAGAUAUAAUGGUUUCAUUUUCGAAUGGAGAACAGGUGAUAGUGUUUGUUUAGAUAAAGCUACAAAAUCAAAAGAGUAUUAUUGGGAAGAAUUAGAAAGAGAAUAUUUAUGUGAAGAUUCUCAACAAUGUUGGAAAUGGACAAGACACUUUUUAACACUUAAACAAGGCGUUGGUGAAUGGAUCGUCGAAGGUGAGGUCCCUGAACCAGUUGUAUUUUUCUUAUCACUUUUAAGAUAUAGCAGAUUAGAGGCUGAAGCUAAACAUUCUUCCCCAGAUACAGCCAAUCUUGAAAAUCAAUUAAUUAAUACUUCAAUUUCAAAUAAUUAA